AGCAGUAUAGAUUAAACUGUAUAGGUACACCAAUUUAUCAUCAAAGCAUUCAACUUUCAUUCAAGCAACUAAACUUCUUUUAUGUGAUGGAUGAUUGAUAAAAGUAAAAGGAAAAACAAAGCAGAUUAUCUACUAUUUGUUAGCAGAAGUGUAUUUCAUUUCAGGAGUUUUUAAACAAGAAGAAAAUAAUUAUACUUAAAAUAUAAAACACAAUGGCUGGAAUAAAAGGUACAUGCAAUAGCGAUUACAUGAAUUGGAGUUUUAUUUUGCAAAUAUUUCAAGUAUAAAUGAAUGUCAGUUAUAGUAAAAUGAGUCAUUACUUAAAAAUAUGAAACACUUUCUUAAUAAUCAAUUAUCGCUUACUUAUGUUAGUUUCUUUCUUUUCAUGUAUACUUCAUGGACACAAUAGGUUUGGUGUCGUUGGCAUUCGCGGGUUCAAUUGGAAUGACAUUUGUCAUACUAGCUUGUGCCUUACCACAAUACAAACUAUGGUGGCCAUUCUUCGUUGUGCUAUUCUACAUUCUGUGCCCAAUACCUACGAUGAUCGCUAGGAGGCAUACUGAUGGUGCUGGAGGUUCAAAUUCCGCUUGUAUGGAAACUGCAGUAUUUAUCACAAUGGGAUUUUUAGUCAGCUCUUUUGCGCUACCGAUAGUUCUCGCCAGGGCUGGUGUGAUUUUUUGGGGUGCAUGUUACCUUACACUGGCCGGUAACGUGAUCGUAUAUCUGACGAUCUUGGGUUUCUUCACCAUCUUUGACAUGGACGACUCCGAUUAUGCGAUGUGGUGAGAAAUCUAGAAUCUUUUGAAAAGAAAGGGACGAUCGAUCGUAUUUGCAACGUAAGAUAGUUUGGUGUUUUUUUUUUUUCGUACGUUUCUUAUUUAAGUCUGAAGUUUGAUACUGAUAGUGUAAUUGUAAUCCAAAUAAAUACGAUUGUUGAAUUGACGUGUAUUUGUAAUCGAUUGUUGAGCUUUGUAUAGUAAGUAACCAUAUUAUAAAAUCGAGAUAAUAUUCGCCAGUUCAACUUUUUUUCCCCUAACAAAUAAUUGGUAAAAUAAGGGGCUAUUUCAUCUAAGGACGGACGGAUAGGUGAAUUCAACUAUUUACUUAUUUAAUAAAAGAGAUAACCGGAAUUUGGCAGGAAACUGAAGUUUCAAAGUACAGUAAGUAGGGUAAUAGGUUGUGGUAGGCCAUAGACUUCGCGCCGUUUGUGCGAUUUGCUAGUUUAAUCAUUCAAUCCAUUCAAUUAUGAAGUCUGUUUUGUACUGACCUUUUGGAAAUACUAAUGCUGGCCUACUCUAUGAUUAAAAGUUUGUGUUUGAAUUGUUGUUCAAAAUUUGCGUUUUGUUGUUGCAUGACAUAACCUAUGAUGUUAGUUUGAGGUACAUAACAUUUUCAGCUAUAGGUGAUAAAUCUUUAGUCCAAUAAUUAAACUACACGACUAAAAAUAAAUUCUAAAAUGUUUUGGAUUUAUCUAUACAACGUUCUAUUAAUUCACUGAUCAUUUAUUUAAUAUUUAUCGUUUCUUAUAUUAUCAAAUUAUACAGAAGUGUCAUUAAAAGAGAAAACGAAACAAAUUAAAAAAUAUAUUUAUAUUUAUAUAUAAAUUAUUAAUGGUUGAUUUGUUUGUUCGGUCAAUAAAGAAACCCUAGAUUGUUUUGCAGGAAUUUUAUAUUGUCAGUAUUUUAGAUGUGUAUCAGUAAUUCUUUUGGUUUUGAGAUUGAAGACCCAAUGCUGUAGAGAGAAGCCAUCGCCACUAUAUCUUCUAUAUAAAACCGUCAUCAAAAAUAACCUAAUUUAAUAAUAAUUCCAAAUAACGUUUCAUACUUGUCUUAUGAAUAAGAAGAUUAUUACCUAAUGUUAAAAAAUGAUAUAAAAAGAUAUUUUUUUAACGAUAAAUGUAGAAAGUACUAAUAAAUGUACAAUUUUAUUUACGUAUGUAGGUACAUACUGUAAUCGUUGCGUUAAUAUUAUUAGUGAUUAAUUUAAUUAAUAAUAUCAUUCAGUGUCGCUUAAUUUACCAAUAUUAUUAUAUAUUAUUCAAUUUAUUAAUUUACCAAUAUUAUAUUAUUAAUUAUAUUAAUAAUUAUUAACAUUAACAGUAAAAUAAUAUUGAUAAUCAUACAUUGUUCUGUUUAAAAAAAGUUUAUCAAUUUUAUUGGUGUCCUGACCGAAAAAAAAAACAUGUAUAAUUCAGAUUUGUUCAAAUGUAAAUUUCACAAUAGAAUGUUAAUUUUGUUUUGAAUCAAAAUUGUACAUUCCUGUUACGAUUUAUAUAAUUGUUUAUAACAUAUUAUAGCAUAGUCAAGUCACAAUAAAAUUAUGCUUUACAUUUU